GACUUUCCCAGCUGCCAUCCUUCCUCCGAGACAUCGUGCUUUGCAUAAAACACCGACCUCCCAAUCAAUCCCUGCACCGCCUUGCCCGUGCAAACCGUCGCCCACCCGUACUGGAAGGGGGAAUCCAAUAGACGCUGUCCUCCUUUCAGCCAUAGCCGUGAUUGGCGUACCACUGUCGACACAGCUUUGGGCGGCAAACCCGAAACAAAAGCCAACACUUGGGCUCUUGUCCUGCGAGAUACAUCCUCUCUGACCAUAUUUCACGAGCCUUGCAAUCGCUGCAUCCUUUCUACCCGCCUUCGCAUCACACCGGCGCUCGGCGCAAACCUACAACAUGGCAGAACCGAAUUUCAAAGGGAAGACGAUGAAGAGGAAGAACGUCAAGGGGCUCGCCCUCAGCGCUCCGCCACCCAAGCCAGCACCUUCGGCUGGCGAUGCUCAAAUACCCGGCGCCCGCGCCAACGACGAGAAGCAGGACACGCUGGAAAUCGGCGUUGAAUUCCAGCUGGACCUCAAGGCAGAGGAUUUGAUAGUGUUGCGGGAACUGGGCUCAGGAAACGGAGGAACAGUCAGCAAGGUGCAGCACGCUGCCACCAAGGUCAUAAUGGCAAGAAAGGUCAUACAUGUCGAGGCAAAGAACGAGGUCCGGAAACGAAUCGUACGAGAACUCCGUAUCAUGCAUGACUGCAAUUCGGAUUACAUUGUCGACUUUUACGGCGCUUUCCAAAAUUCGUCGGGCGAUGUCAUAAUGUGCAUGGAAUACAUGGACGUGGGCUCGCUCGAUUGGGUCUCCCGAACAUUUGGACCAGUUCGAGUCGACGUACUCGGAAAGAUCUCAGAAGCCGUGCUCGGCGGUCUCGCCUACCUAUACAGCGCCCAUCGCAUUAUGCACCGUGAUCUUAAGCCGUCAAACAUUCUCGUAAACUCAAAGGGCAAUAUCAAACUAUGCGAUUUCGGUGUAUCGAGUGAGCUGGAGGGAUCCAUUGCUGAGACGUUCGUAGGAACUGGUACAUACAUGGCACCAGAGCGGAUACAGGGAUCGCCCUACACUGUCAAAUCAGAUGUGUGGAGUGUUGGUCUUACGCUCAUGGAGUUGGCUAUUGGCAAGUUUCCAUUUGCUGGAAGCGGCGACGAUGACGAGGCCGGGGGUCCCCAGGGUAUUCUCGACCUUUUACAACAGAUUGUCUUGGAGCCUUCGCCCAAGCUCCCCAAGAGCGAUGCCUUCCCUUCAAUUCUGGAAGACAUGAUCGCCAAAUGUCUGAUGAAGGAUCCAGCGGAGCGGCCUACGCCCAAGGAACUAUACGAUCACGACGCUUUCCUCCAAGCCGCCAAACGCACUCCCGUCGACCUAGAAGCCUGGGCCAUUUCCAUGAUUGAACACAAUAAGCGCAAAUCCCACCUCGCUCCCGCCGCCCCCGCCGCAACCAUCAAAGAAAAGCUGCGCGAGCGCUCCCCCCCUCACAAGCGUGAACCAAGCGACCCAAGGCAAAGAGUCGCCAACGGCGACGCCGAAGCCGCACCCCGCCGCCCCUCAUACCCCAGCCGAUCCUCCAGUAGCAACAACGUCAUGAACCUACCCAUGCGCCCCGCUCCCUCCGUAGACGGCUCCAACAGCAGACCCGGAAGCAGGGGUCCCUCUGCAAACGGUCUCCCAGCUCAACCUCGGCGGUGGAACAACGAAGUUCAAUAAAUCUGGCUCUCUUUCUUGAAUCGAACAGUAGUAUAUAUGCAUGCAGAGCACAUUUGUUGUUCGGGAGCGGUUUUUCUUCUUCUUUUCCUUUGAAGAAAAAAGAAAAUUGCACUUUUUUGGUUACCCAUUGCCCAUUGAUACUGCUGUUCGGUUUGUUCGCUUUUGGAGGGGAGGGGGCGGGACGAGAAAAGGGAGUUGCGUGUAGGGAGACUUUAUAUGUAUGAAAGAUGGGGUUUGGUGAGAAUGUGUAUGUGGAUUGGCUUGUUGUAGAGAGGGUAGUGGAUGGUUGGUGUAUAUUUUCAAAUAUCAGAUGUUCAAUUCAAGAUCUUU